AAGAUGAUGACAGGAGGAGCUGGAGCGGAGCAGAAUGUGACGGCAGAGGAGAAGUCGAUUGUAGAGAAAGUCUGGCCCGAGGUGUUGAAGCAGCGACAGAAGGAGUAUGUCUCUUACGAGCCAAAGACGUUCAAAGCGCAGGUUGUCGCUGGGAUGAACUACUUCGUCAAGGUGAUGGCCAAGACCGCGAGCGGCGAAGAGUGCUUCGUCCUCAAGAUCUACAAGCCCCUCCCGCACAUGGGAAGCGAUCUCCAGUUAUCAGGGAUCAAGGAAUCUUCUGCAUCUGAUGCCAUCGAGCACUUCUAGUGCUACAAGUAUCACAUGGGCACUGCGGCAACCCAGUUUCGUUUCAACGGUAACCAUCAGGAUCGAUGUCCCAAACAAGUCCCUUAUCUCAAAGCUGAAUGAACUUUGAACCAUCUGCUAAA